AUUGACAACAACAACGAAAUCAAGGAAUCACGAAUCACAUUUUUUGGUUCAGUCAGGUUAAAGAACAAAUAUUUUUACGAAAUUUUAGUUCGAAAUGGGGUUGUGUAGAUAAAAUCCUUAGUUUUUGAAAUUCUUAUGAUUUAAAUUGUUUUGCAACGUUUCCAAGACAACACCGGUACAUCUUUUCAGCUAAAAUGGCGUUAAAAAUGACUUUUCCUAUAAUACUUUUAAUUCUCUGCAUUUCUGUAAAUGUAAAUGCACAAAAGGUAAUCGAGUUGGAUGAAGAUAACUGGUCUCAAAUAUUGAAAGGCGAAUGGAUGGUGGAAUUUUAUGCUCCAUGGUGUCCCGCUUGCAAAGCUUUAGAAACAAAAUGGAAAGAAUUUUCUCGAUUUGGGCCUGCAUUGGGAGUCAAGAUUGGAGCUGUCGAUGUGACAACUUCCCCAGGACUAAGUGGAAGAUUUAUGGUUACAGCACUGCCAACUAUUUUCCAUGUUUUGGAUGGUCAAUUUAGACAAUACAAAGGAUCCCGUGAUGUUGAUUCAUUUAGUUUGUUUGUUGAGGACAGGAAAUGGGAGCAGGUUGAUCCAAUCUCAAGUUGGAAGGCACCAAAUUCUUUGCAAAUGAGUUUUAUUGCAUCAUUUUUCAAGCUGUCUCAAUCUUUAAGGCAAAUUCACAACAAAUUUACGAAUGAAUAUGGUUUACCAACAAUAGCUUCGUACCUAAUUUUUGCUGUUGCUACAAUUAUCAUGGGAGCUUGUUUGGGUGUAAUUCUAGUUUGUGCAAUUGAUCUAAUAUUUCCACAAAAACCAUCACAAUUUGUAAAAGACUCAGAAGUAAAGAAGAAUAACAUUUAUCCAACUGGAGAUGAUUUGAAUGAUGAAGAUAUAAAAGAUGAUUUGGUUGAUCAGCCAGCAAAUUCUGAUGGUGAGCAUGCCUCAACAGAGUCCGAAGGCAGUCAGAAGGACGAUAAAUCCGGCUCAGAAUCGGGAAAGCCUAGAAAGCGCAAAACAAAAAGGCUGGACAUGUGAUGAUUAGUGAUUAUGAUGAUUUUAAAAACCAAGAGAUGUGACAUCUUUGGUUUGUUAUGGACCUCAAAUAAUUUAUUUUUUUACGAUUUUUCAACGAAAGUAAUUUGCAGUUGAGAUACUUUAAUAAUUAAUUGUAAUUAGUGCUUACUAAUAAUAAAACUUGUUUUUAUUGAUAAUUUUGUAAUACAGUAUGUUAACUUCCAGUUAUAAUAGAUUUUUCGUUAAGGUUUUAAGGUCAGGAUAUUAAAAGAUAUUAUUUAGUGUUCAGAAAACGCAAAACUAAAAAUGUAUUAUGAUUU